CCCCUCCCACACACCCCCACUUUCUACAGCCUAUAAUUUCCAUAUUUGCGUCUUUCACACGAACCUCGUGCCUUCAUUCUUUGUUUUCCGUGAUGAUAUCAUGACUCCGUAGCCCUGCAGCUUGGGCUUUAGAGAGAUUGAGCCAUCGAGUUACAGAGCGGGGGAGAAGGCUAUCCAGUCUCCCAGCUGCAUGCUCUCUAAUAACCAAAGCCUCGGAGAAGAGAGGAGAGGGAGAGGGAGGGGGACUCAAUAGGGAGGCAAUGAAACGGACUCAUCCGCGUAACUAGACACUACCAGUCCAGUUCAGUGUUCAGAGCAUGCGAGAGCGAAGCUCGACCAACCGCAUUCAGUUAUAUCUACAAAGGAAUAGAGAGGGAGACAAUUGAAGUGUUCCAGCCUAGGGAGGCGGCGAGGAAAGGAGCAAGACAUAGCCUACUGGCGGCUUUCGAGCGUCACGGGCAUAUACACCCCGUGUCCAGAAUUUACGGCCAUUCUUGGCAUCAGCCUGUUGUACAAAAUUGCGGAUUUAUAACUGAGUGAAUUCGGGGAUAGUCAUCGACAGUCCUGUCCUUCACAAUGAAGAAAAACAAUUCAGCUAAACGGGGCCCGCAGGACACAAACCAGCACAAUACGCAGCCAGACAAAAUCGGUUGGAUUCGCAAGUUCUGUGGCAAAGGGAUAUUUAGGGAGAUCUGGAAAAAUCGUUUUGUAAUACUCAAAGGGGACCAACUUUACAUCUCAGAGAAAGAGGUGAAGGAUGAGAAGAAGAUCCAGGAGGUGGUUGACCUGACGGAUUACGAGCGUUCUGAGGAGCUCCGCAAGGCCAAGAGCCGCAGCAAGAAGAACCACAGCAAGUUCACCCUGCUGCGCUCCAGAACCCCAGGCAACACGGUCCCAAACCUGGUGUUCCUGGCUGUUAGUCCAGAGGAGAAGGAGUCCUGGAUAAACGCCUUAAAUGGAGCAAUCACCAGAUCCAAGAACAGCAUCCUGGAUGAGGUCAUGGUUGAGGAUGAAAAUCUUCUGUCCCAUCUCACACGGGACAGGGCUAAGAUCCCUCACACACGGCGCCUGCCUACACGAGGACACAUCAUGGCUGUGGCCUCCACUUCUACCUCUGACGGCAUGUUGACCCUUGACCUGAUCCAGGAGGAGGACAGCCCCAGCACAGACGGCCAGGACACCUGUGACAAGAGCUUCCGGGCCAACCUGGACAAAUCCACUCAGCUCGACUGCCUCAGGUCCAAAACAGAGGGUGCCAUCAGUAGCAUCUGUCUAACGCCUCCCACAGAGGUCACUGGGAAGUCCCAAAGCCUGCCGCGCGUUACCGGGGUCACCUGGGACGAUAAACAGCAACUUCAGAGCCCGAUGGGGAAGUCCUGCACUCCUCAGCCAGGCAAGAGGCUCACACCGGCCGAGAAAAGCCGCUGCGCCUCCAUGGACGAGAUCCUCUCACACUCCGGGACGCAGGCCACCAAACCCAGGACAUCCAUCCCCCGCUCUGCCACCUCUGCCCCCCCGGGCAACCUGCCACCCAUCAGCCAGCUGCAGGACCUAAUCGCUCAGAAGCUGGAGAGAACUCAGGAGCUGCUGAUGCAGGUGCAGGGGGCGAAGGGGGAGGAGGUGGAGCGGGGGAAGGGGAAAGGGAAGGACUCGCCAGGUUCCAAGGGCUCCAAGGGUUCCUCGGACGGGGCCCGGGCGGAGGCAGAGAGGCUGCUGAAGGAGGCAGCAUCCACAUGGGGUCAAGCCAAGGAUGUUCUAGAGGAGGUGAAGGAGCUGAGGGCGCUCUACCGUCAGCUGGACUCGCUGCCCACCACCCCUGCCUCCCUCUCACCCCUCACACCCUCCAACAGUGGCAAGCAGACUGACUACAGGAAGAGCAUGAUGUGACCGUCAGAGAACUCAACACAGACUGGACUAUGAAUCCCUGAGCAAAAAAACAACUCAACAUGCAAAGCCACAAUAUUGUUAAAUAUGUCUGUUUCUCUCCUUCUGUGUUCUGUCACUUUAUUGAUGCUGUGACAAAGUGAGGGCAUACAGUUGCCCAACGACGUCCCCUUUUCUUGACCACUGUGCCCUUACAUGUCUGCUUGAUGAAGGGUGUGAGGGGCAAAGGGAAGGGGCCAAUCUAGGGACUCAGGUACAUGUUGGCCAGGGAGUCUCUCUGUAUUGACAUGCUGAUGAAAGACCUUGUGAUACUGCAGUGUCGGGUGUUGUUUUCCUCUGCGUUGGUUGUCAAAGAGGGAAUGUUGCAAGGUUUGGGCGGGGAAUCAGAAGGGCUCUGCUCUCCAGGGACAGACACACAGUGGUUGAGGAUGACUCAGAUUACAGGAAGGGAAACAUGGUGUCCAGACCAGCCCGUAUGUUGGGAAUGUCAAUGUUUUCCUUUUUCUGUUACACAACACACUGGAAGGUUGGUCUGAGCCAGAUUCCCAACGACCACCACUCUAAA